UUUGCUUGCUGUGGUUUUUCAACUUCACCUUCUCCUUUGUCAACAAUCUGAUCACUGUAUUAGGGUUUUACUUCACUUUCACUCUCACCAAAUUAUCAUCCAUUUACGCUGUGAUUUCAAGCAAGUUUCACAUACUAUAAAAAGAAAAAGAAAAAGAAAAAGAAAAAGAUCCAAAGCAGUUCCCAUUCCAAUGACUAAAACUCAACCUUCAUCGGCACCUGGUGAUGAAGUCGAAGAUGCAAAUGAAGAUGAGAAGUAUCAGGAAACUGAGCUCUUUGAGGAUACUUUAGUGCUCGACAGUCACUUCACAGAAACUGAUGUGGAAAUGCUCAAUCUGAAUACUGAGAUUGUAGAGGAUUCAGAGCCUAUAGAGAACAUGAUAACUGAUACAACAUGUGAGGAUGAACCAGAAGUAGUGCUUGACAGUGAGGAUGAAGAAAUGAAUUGUACAGGCAAAGUGAAUGUUGCUAAAGGAUUUCUUGAGGAUAAAAGUAGUCCAGUAGUGAACAAUUAUUCGGUGCUAUCGAAGAAGAGAUUGUUUAGGUUACCAUAUGAGCAAGCAAACUCAACUGCCACAACUUCUGUGAAAUCUUGUACUGGGCAUAAAGGAGCUGCAAUUGAUGCUGAGAGCUUUGAUGGCAACAACCAUCAAUAUCUACCAGCUAGGUUAUAUCGUGCUCACUCGCCAGAGCCCGAGGAUUCAAUCGAAGAUGCACUAGGCUUCGUGGAUAGGUACUUGUCGUCGAACAAUGUGGACAUGUUUCAAGCAGUUCAAAAUGGAAAGAUCACUAUGGAGAAAUCACCUCAUGUCUCCAGUGCAAAAGGAAUAUUAAGUCUUUUGUCUAAAAAAACUAAAGCCCGAACUCAAAUUGAAGAUAAAGACCCUUUCAAAUGGGUUGGCAGUGAUCAAAAUGAAAAAGAAGCUGAAAUUUUCUGUAAAAAAGUAAAUGCAUCUUCCAAUUUUGGAAACCAUGGACUGACAUAUAAGAGAAGAAGACAAGAAAAAGGCAGUCAUAUACAGAACAACGGAAACUGCAGUGCAAGUAAUAGAUGUGAUGAGAGUUCAGUCCAAGAACCAAGAUCGGCAGCUGACAAUAAAAACUUUCUCAAGGAGUUGGAUAUUGAGUCAUGUGCCACAAGGGAAGAUGUUAAAACUUAUUCCAGUGUAGCGUGUCUAGAAGACAUGUCUGAUAUUGGCUUGGACACUCAAAUAGCUGUUGAAGCUAUGGAUGCCUUAGCCCGUCUGCCCCCUAAUGGCUUUCAUUUCAAUGAUACCCACCAACCCGAGAAUACAUUUGAUGGAUCUUUGAGUGACUUGGAACAAAAUCAUCAGAAAGAUUCUUUAUGCAAAGAGAGUCCAGGUUUACAUUCUAUUGCGCUUAAAUCAUAUAAGAGAAAUGUAUCUUCUUAUAGAUAUAGCAAAGUAACUUCUAGUUCCUAUGGCAAGCACACUAACAAUCAGAAGUCAGAUCCUGUCUCCGGGAGACUGAAAAAAAAAAUUGGAAGCAAGUCAACUGUUGAGGGGCAGUUCAAAAAUGAUUCUAGUUCGUUAAUGUGCAGUAAACAUGUAUCACUUGAACAGGUUUGCUUACUAGGAGAGGAUGUAAGUUUUAAACCUGCUGCCAAAGAAACCAAAAAUCAGAAUAAGAGCAUACGGACAAGAAUCAAACAUCAACCAAGCCAUCCUACCGAGAGGAACAAUAACAUUGAGGAAGAGGGUAUUAUUAGAGAUAAUAGGAUGGGAAAUUGUUUAGUGGCAGACCCAGUGAAUAUAAAUGUUACGACAAAAUGUCUUAAAUUAUCUACUAGUUCAUGUGGGGUGGCUACGAAAGGCAUGUUGAACCAUCAGGUUCAAGUUAAUCCACAGCUAUCGGCAACCAGCAGUUUUUCGAAGAUAUAUUCUUGGACUUAUCCAAAAGGACCAAGAGGGAAAAGAAAGCGAGCUAAUGCCCGAAGAAUUUUCUGUAUUGAUAAUAAAGAAAGCAAUUUCUACUCGGCUAGAAGUCUGGAGGUCCGAGAUGUUGUGCAUAAAUCUUGUCUUCCCCCAGUUUCAUCUGGUGAUGCUAUAAAAUUUCAAAACCUGCAUAAUACGCAUCCCUUGUUGCUUGCACAUGUUAAAUUAAUUUCAGACAAGAGUGUUGCACAAUCAAGUUCAGAAAUUUCAGCUUCAGUUGCUCCAAGUGAAGGCAUACAAAAUUCAAACGCUAACCAUAAGUACAAUGAACACUGCAAAAAGGCAUGUGAGAAAAACCUGCGGAAGUCUUCACUUUUAAAGGAACUUAUCAGAUUAGGAGUUCCCAAGUCCACAUCAGAAAUGAUGAAAGAUAUGAGACAUCGAAGAGAUAUGACACAUGUUCGAGUUCUGUUUAGUCAACAUUUGGAUGACAGUGUCCUCAAGCAACAAAAGAAGAUAUUGGCACGUCUUAAUAUAUCUACUGCGUCAAGCUCAAUGGAGGCCACUCAUUUCAUAGCAGACAGAUUUACACGGACCAAGAAUAUGCUGGAAACAAUGGCUCUUGGGAAAUUAGUACUGACACACUUAUGGCUUGAAAGUUGUGGACAAGCCAACUGUUUUAUUGGUGAGAAAAAUUACAUUUUGAGGGAUAUGAAAAAGGAAAAGGAAAUAGGCUUUAGCAUGCCAGUUUCUCUUGCUCGAGCAAGACAGAAGCCACUCCUAAAGGGUAAAAGAGUCUACAUCACCCCACACAUCAAACCUGAUAAGGAAGUGGUUGCAGGCUUGGUUACAGCUGUUCAUGGCCAGCUAGUGGAUGAAAAUCAGAUAUUCGCAGACAAGAAUGAUGAUAUCUUAGAUGAUCUAUUGAUUCUCUCUUGUGAAGAAGACUAUGCAAUCUGCCGCCAUUUCCUUGAGAGAGGAGCUGCUGUUUACAGUUCGGAGGUUGUUCUGAAUGGAAUUGUAAUCCAGAAAUUGGAACUCGAGAGGCAUAAACUCUUCGCGAAUCAAGUUACAAAAAAUAAACCAGGUAUAUAUAAUCGGUUUGGGAAGGUUUACAGAAGGCGUUUGAGGCCUCUAUCUUGAAAAUAGCUGAUUUCUGAGACAAUAUUUCUGUGGUCUUUGGAAUUGAUAAAAACAAUGGCCUCAUUUUUAUCAGAUUUUUACGUACCAAUGCUGCUUGUUCAAUUGCUUAGAAAUGCAGCUUAGUGUCUUUACUUUAUGUUGUUAUGAGCCACGUUCAAUUCAAGUGACUCAAUGACGGCAACAGAUAUCUACUGAAUAGUCUUUUUUUUGUAAAGGGGGUUAUUCUAAUGCUGUAUUAAUUGUCCAAGUUGUGUAUGGAUUCUUAUCAAAUUGUUUAUAUAGAUAUAUCCUUGUAUUUCAUUUUCCCGGAUAAUUGCAGCAGAUUGCUAAAAAGUGUAUUUGGAAAUUCA